AUGCUCACCCGUUGUCUUGCCGCAACAUUUUGCGUGAAUGAUCGGUGCGCACUGGACGACCGUCGUCGCGCCCUUUUAUCAACUGAAGCCCACGAGCAGCAGCAGAAUAGCAACAUGUCAGGCAAUCAACGUCAAGUGCUUCUUGCUGGAGAGUAUGAUCAGCGACGUCCACUGCAACACAAGACACCGCUGGCAGCAUUCACGUCGCAGCUGGAGGCGCAACAUCCGUCGUCUGUGUCAUCGCAAAUGAAGGCGUCAAUGCACGUGCAGCAAGAGCAAGAGCAUUUUGAUGAGCAGCACCUAGAAUUUUCAGAGCAAGAUAUUAUGGAUGCCCAAGCAUAUUUUGAAGUAGAACCGCUAGCCGUCAAGAUUGGUCGUGAGAUUGGUAAAGGGGCAUUUUCCGUGGUUUAUACUGGGGACUAUCGAGGCCAGCAUGUUGCAGUUAAGUGUCAACCUAAAACUGCUGAAGGUAAAAUCCCAGUCUUUGUGUUGCGCGAGGUCCAAGUGUUGCGGAUACUUCGUCAUCCAAGGCUUUUGCAAUUUGUUGGAGCGGCAGAUAACGUUCGUACUAAGCAAGUUUGGAUUCUCAGCGAGUAUCUGAACAACGGUGACGUUGACUUGCUUUUAAAGUCGAUUCGAGAUGGUAAAACAAAGCACAUUGGUUGGUAUCGAAUGGUGCGCAUCGCGUUAGAUGCUGCAUUGGGCAUCGAAUUUCUUCAAAAUAAGCAUUUUGUUCAUCGAGACAUCAAGUCAUCCAACAUUUUGCUAGACGACCAGCACCGUGCUAAGCUCUGCGACUUUGGAUUUGCAGUCGAGAUGAAAUCCGCCGAUGCAACGAUGGACGACACAACAGAGUCGGCUGCAAGUAAGCAACGCCGCAAAUCCUAUUGUGGCACAGACGCAUACAUGGCACCAGAAAUGUUUUUGGACGAAGAUUACGAUCACAGUGUUGACAUAUUUAGUUUUGGCGUGGUGCUGAUGGAAAUGUUGUGCUGUCGCGUGGCAAAUUCCGAUGGAUUCCUGAUGCGUUUGCCGCAAUAUAAGUUUAGAAUUCUUAUACCGGAGUUUCGUGACGCUCUUCCAGCGUCGUGUCCGUCGGCUCUUGCCACGCUUGCAGAGCAAUGUGUGGCCUUUGAGCCUACUGAGCGCCCAAACAUCACGAUAAUUGUUCACACGCUUGAAAGGAUCUUAAAACACAUUACUAGCGCGCAGGUUGAUACCGUGGAGCUUGUUACGUUUACACGUGAAGAACGCGAGCCGCAGAUUGAAGAAGAUGAUGACGCCUAUUAUGAUGGUGAAAAGUUUGAUCAUGUUGCCUUGCAAACAAGUGCCCGUCACAAUACAAUGGGAAUGGACUCGGACGAGGAGCGCUCUCAAAUCUAUGAUGACUCAUUUUUAGACGAGGAUAGCAUUAAUAGUGAUGUACUUGGACAGCCUGCUUCGCCGGCUCCUUAUUACGAAGGAGUGAUUCUUAAGCGUAGCCGACGCGGGAAACGCUCAUGGGUCGAGAAGUGGUUCAUUGUAGAUCAUGGUCAGCUCCAUUACACGGAGGUUCCAACAGACUGGCGACUACAUCGACGACAUCAUGCAGAAUGGCGUUGUUCGCUGCCACUUAUUUCGUCGCUUUCUUUGUGCGGAUGUCGCAUCUGGAAGACGACGGAGAUGCCAGAACUGCGGUUUAAUGUAAUUGACAGCAAUUGGAAGAUCAAACGCGAGCUUCAAGCAUUGUCCAAACGUGACACUGACCUAUGGAUGGAGCUCAUAAAUCAGGGAAUCGAUUAUGCCAAUGAACUGUACGCACGGGAGCAUGAUUUACCAAACAACAGCGCGACUGGAACGAGUGCAAGUAGUAGUAACACAAGUUACACUAGCCGCAAAAAGGCUCAGGACAGAUCACAGCAGCAGUGUUUUGGAUUAUAUAAUCCACAGGAAAGAAGGUCGGAACUGAAAAAGGAUAAUAAAGUCUUACGCAGAAUGAACCGCCGAACUAGUGCUGCUGAGCCAGAUGAGCAACCUGUAUUGUCAGAGACAGAGGAAGAUCGCGCUGAUGAAAUUUAUCAGUGGUUGAAGCAGAUAGGAUUUCAGAGAUACACACCUUUGCUUAAAGCGAAGGGUUUCAGUUCUCUUGACUUUAUUCGCGAGACUGGUAUUGAGAUGGAGGAUUUGAAUUUUAUGGGUAUCAGAGAAUCAAUGGCGCGCAGAGCGAUUCGCUCAGCUGCUCGGACAUUGCGCGGGGAUGAUGAUUAA